ACCACAAGAGUUAAGCUAGCUAUCUUAGCUAAUAAUUGUCUUUCUGGCUAGUUAGCAAGCUAGAUAGCUAAUGUAGUUGCUGACACGACUGUUCAUUUUGCACAAAGCGCAUGCUAACUCUGCUAGUCCGUUAGCUAGUAGCUUAUCUUAGCUGUUGACAUACUUGACGCUAGCUACAUUUUUGACAACAGCUUCCUGAACUUCUUAAACCUAAUUAUUUUAAUUAAAUUUGCCAAGCGACGAGCGUAUUAAUGUUGUUUUUUUUGGUUGAAUCCUAAAUGUUUCUCAGCUGCCUACACGAGCCCACCACAUAUGGUACGAAUUAGUGGUUAUAUCUAGUGCACUCCGUGAUCAGGUGGGAAGUAUUUGGGAUUCGGCCUUUCUCACAGACAGCAGUGUCACUAAUGAGGCUCAUCAGCUUUCACUUUUAAGCUUUUCAAUAAUAAGCUUUCACUGUUUUUUAGAGUUUUCUAGCAGCACCAAGUCAGAAACCCUGGUUUCUGGUAACAUGAUUUCAGCACAUUUACUACUUUUCCUGACACAAAGUGUUAGCAGUGGCGGUAGCCACAGUGCCUCUUCCAGUAGCUGUGUUGCAUCUGCUCCUGCCCCACCCAAAUCUGUUUCCCCUUCCCCCUGGAGCUUCAACCGUAUAGCUAUGGUGGAUGUAAGCAAAUGGCCCCUAUUCAGCCUCAUGAGCACACAGGACGCUGCCUCAAUACGUCAGGCGUGCGUGUUUGGAACAUCCGCCAAUGAGGCAAUCUACAUCACGCAUGAUAACGAGGUGUAUGUGUUUGGGCUGAACUGUAGUAAUUGCUUGGGCACAGGGGACAGCACGAGCACUAUCAUCCCUAAAAAGCUAGACUGUCUGAGUGGGAAGAAGGUGGUCAGUCUGAGCUAUGGCAGUGGGCCACAUGUGCUGCUCGCUACAGAGGAGGGCCAGCUGUACGGGUGGGGACAUAACGGGUACAGUCAGCUGGGUAACGGGACUACCAAUCAGGGAGUGUCUCCUGUGCUUGUGUCCACUAACCUGCAGAACAAGAGGGUGAUCGAGGUGGCUUGUGGAUCACACCAUUCAGUCGCCCUGACCCAUGAUGGAGAGGUGUUCGCUUGGGGCUAUAAUAACUGCGGUCAAGUGGGGUCAGGAUCCACGGCCAACCAGCCCACACCACGCAAGGUCUCCAGCUGCCUCCUUAACAAAGUAGUGGUCAGCAUAGCCUGUGGUCAGACCUCCUCCAUGGCAGUAACAGACAACGGCGAGGUGUAUGGUUGGGGUUAUAAUGGUAACGGACAGCUUGGUUUGGGGAACAAUGGAAAUCAGCUGACACCGUGCCGUCUAGUAGCGCUACAGGGUGUUUGCGUCCUACAGAUUGCCUGUGGUUAUGCCCACUCACUGGCACUAACAGACGAGGGACUGUUGUACGCAUGGGGAGCCAACACUUAUGGCCAGCUUGGUACAGGCAACAAGAGCAAUCAGCUCAGCCCUGUUCAGGUCAUGGCUGAGAAAGAGAGGAUUGUGGAGAUAGCGGCAUGUCACUCCACACACACCUCGGCAGCAAAGACCCAGAGUGGCCGGGUCUAUAUGUGGGGCCAGUGCAGAGGCCAGUCCGUCGUCUUACCCCACCCCACACACUUCAGCUGCACUGACGACGUCUUCGCCUGCUUCGCAACACCAUCUGUCAUGUGGAGACUCCUGUCCAUGGAGCACGAUGAUUUCCUUACCGUGGCCGAGUCUCUGAAGAAAGAGUUUGACAGCCCUGAGACCUCAGACCUCAAAUUCAGUGUAGAAGGCAAAUUCAUUCAUGUCCACAAAGCUGUGCUUAAAAUCAGAUGUGAACACUUCAGAUCCAUGUUUCAGUCCCACUGGAAUGAAGAUAUGAAAGAGGUGAUUGAGAUCGAUCAGUUCUCCUACCCCGUCUACAGGUCUUUCCUCGAGUUCCUCUACACAGACACUGUAGAUCUUCCUCCAGAGGAUGCCAUUGGAUUGCUGGAUCUGGCAACUUCGUACUGUGAGAACAGGCUAAAGCGGCUGUGUCAGCACAUCAUAAAGCGGGGCAUCACUGUGGAAAAUGCUUUCUCCCUGCUUUCUGCUGCAGUCAGAUACGACGCUGAGGAUCUUGAAGAAUUCUGCUUCAAGUUCUGUGUGAACCACCUGACCGAGGUGACUCAGACAGCAGCGUUCUGGCAGAUCGAUGGGAACAUGCUGAAGGAGUUUAUCUGUAGAGCCAGCCGCUGUGGAGCUUUUAAAAACUGACUGUAAAUAACAGAGCUAAAUUUUCCAAUGAGUGCAGCUGUUACUUCAAACUCAUCCACAACACUAGAGGGCACUGUUACUGACUGCAUGUUGGAUUUUUUUUUUUUUUUUUUUUUGGUUUUGUUUUGCUUUAUUACAGAUUUCUGUUAUAGACCAACUGCAGAAUGGUUGCUUUUGUUCAUUCCCGUGGCAUGAAUGAAUUUUUAUGAAGGCUUUUUGAAAUCAUCUUGAUAGAUGCUCUGAUUUUUCUUUUUGUACGGGUGAGUGUUUUAUGUUUCAGCAUAGGUACUGUAUGAAUACAGAGAAAUAGACAUUGUUUUUCCACUAGGCUUUACAGCACUUGGUUUGUCUAUGCCAAUUAGGUCGUCUUCACCUCUGUUACAGUUACAGAGAGGUGCAGUCCGUCAGUGUUACUCUGUUUAACUCUAUAAUCCACUCUGGAAUCUCAAUUUAAUUUACAACUGACAGUGUAGAAUCACAGUAAUGUCCUAACACACCUGCUGGCCUUGUAGGGCUUGUUUGUAUUGUGGUGAGAACUGAAUAACACUUCUUAUGUAAUGGUGUUUGGAUCAUGUUGCUAUGCUAUGCAUAAUUGCACAAAUUUUUUUACCCCCAACGCUCCCCCCUCCCCCCCCAAAAAAAGCGAUAUCACAUCCCAAUUGGCAGAGCCAGGGUUAAAGUGACAGGGGAGAUUAAUUGGUAUUUUCUAUCCUGAUUUAGUGCAGCUCAGAUAUUAUUUUCAUAUAUUAUAAUGGUAUGAUUGUGGAUGUCACCCCAGUUGGUGCACCUCCUCAUAUUUUCUGCUCCAGUGUUGACCAUGACACUUUAGCAAAGUCUUUAAUUCAGGGCAUUCCAUAUAUAGAGACGUGCAGCACUACUCGUGUGUGCAAGAGGAGAACCACUUUUAUUUUUUUUUGUAUUUUUUUUUUUUAACCAGAAAUUCCAUUUAUUUGUUACUAGUUGUGCUUGUGAUAAGUUUCAGGAUGCUCGAUUGAAAUUUGUUUCAGUUCUUAAUGUGUGUUCAUAUAACUGGCUUAUUUUCAACAUGAUCCUUUCUAAUAUAUACUGACUUGCAUAUGAACUUCCUUUGACUGAGAAUUUUAGGCAAACAACCAGCUGGACACAAAGAUGCACAUUAAAGAUGCACUGCUCCUGAUUUUUAAUUACUAUACAGAUAUCAGAACUCUAAAGAACAGCCGAAAGGGAUUCAGUACCGACCUCUUUGCUCAUUAAUAACUGCAAAAGACACUCCUUUUGCUAUUAUAUUCUUCCUGCUAAUGAUUUCUUAAGCGCUAUUGAUCCUAAUUGAGCUAACAGACUUUGCAUAAAAAGAAAAUAAGAAAUCUGAGUAGCUUUUAAAACACAGCGAGACUGCUUUGAUGCCGAUCGAGCAUUUCAGGCUAAUUUCAGUCUGAUAAUAAUACUCAGUACUGGAUCAAUGCAUCUCUAAUUUAUUUGCAUCAUUUUCAUUUCUAUGACUUCUGCUUUGUGUUGGUUUAUGAAAAAUGCUUGUUGUGAAUGUGUAAAGAAGGAGAGAGUUUCUUUUUUGUGAGAUGUAUAUAUUGUAUAGGUUUUGCACUAAACAUAAAAUUAAGUGAUAUAAAUAAAAUGAUUUAUCAAGACUGCAGUGUUGUAAGAUAUUAACUGUUAUCAAAAUAAAACAAAAAUAAAACUAUGGUGGAGUUUUGUUAAACAUU